GAAGCGCGGCCAGGAUCCCCGAGACGCGUUUCCCUGGUCCAGGUGAAGGUGCCCUGUGGGCUGCCCAGCAAAAUGCCACCCGCCUCCCCUGCGCCUUGGGCAUCGCUUGCGCUCCUUCUCCUUCUGCCCUUUGCUGCGGUGCCUUCCAAGCUGAACAUCCCCAAAGUGCUGUUGCCGUUCACUCGGAGUACCACGAUUAACUUCACCUUGGAGGCGAGCGAGGGCUGCUACCGUUGGUCUUCUACGAGACCAGAGGUCGCCAGCAUAGAGGCUAUAGAACAAGAUAACCAACAGUGCUCACAGAAGGCUAUUGUCCAGGCCCGAUCAUCACAAGUGACACGUCUUACAAGUAUUAUUUUGGCUGAAGAUGUUUUGACUGGCCAAGUGCUCCGCUGUGAUGCUAUAGUUGAUAUUAUUCAUGAUGUACACAUUGUGUCCACCACAAAAGAGCUAUAUCUAGAGGAUUCACCACUGCAACUGAAAAUUCAGGCAUUAGAUUCUGAAGGAAACACUUUUAGCACUUUGGCGGGGCUUGCAUUUGAGUGGACUGUCAUGAAAGACCCAGAAAUUAAUGGAUUCUCAGAUUCCCACAAUGCACUGCGUAUCCUGAAGUUCUCAGAAUCAACGUACACACCACCGUCCUAUAUAUUAGAGAUGGAAAAAGUUGCCAGACAAGGAGACAUUGUUUUAGUAUCUGGCAUGAAAACAGGAAGUUCAAAAUUAAAAGCAAGAAUACAAGAAACAGUUUACAAGAAUGUGCCUGCUGCUGAAGUCAGAUUGUUUAUUUUGGAAAACAUCAUUCUAAAUCCAGCUUAUGAUAUCUACCUACUGGUGGGAAUGUCCGUGCGAUAUAAAGUUGAGAAAAUAAGGCGAGGAAAGAUUACAGAAUUAAUCAUGCCUUCCGACCAGUAUGAACUACAGCUUCAGAACGACACACUCAGCCCUGGGGGAGAUCCAGCCUGGCCUGUUGCCAAGCUGAAUCAGGCGACAUCCACAGUUACUGCAUUGCAGCGGGGACAGACUAACGUUGUACUUUCACACAAAAACAUUUCCAUGCAAGGUGCUUCCAAAUUACCAAAUGGCACUAUUUAUGUUGUGCACCCAGGUUACUUAGGAUUUUCAAUUCGUCCUGGUGACAGGUGGGUCCUGGAAACAGAGAGGCUAUACGAAAUCACUAUUGAAGUGUAUGACAAAUCAAGUAAUAAGGUGUAUUUAUCUGAUAAUCUCAGAAUUGAUACAUACUUGUCAAAAGAAUACUUCCAGGUUCUGCAGUCCUCUUUGAACGGUUCAUAUCAUCAUGUGAAAGCGAUAAAGGAGGGACACACCAUUAUAAGUGCUUCAUUGACAUCUAUUGUAGAUCAGGAUGGAGGUGUUCACACUUUAUCUGUACCUGUACAAAACCAGCAAGAAGUAGACAUUUACAUUCCCAUUGCUCUUGAGCCAAGCAUUUUGACGUUUCCAUGGCAGCCAAAAGCAGGAGCCUAUCAGUACACAAUAAAGGCUCAUGGUGGAAGUGGCAAUUUCACUUGGUCCUCAUCUAACCAAAACAUUGCUACAGUAACAGUCAAAGGAGUCAUGACAACUGGGAAUGAGAUUGGUGUCAGUAUCAUACGUGCCAACGAUGUUCAGAAUUCAUUACAUUAUGGGGAAAUGAAGGUAUAUGUGACAGAGCCUAGUGGCAUGGAGUUCACACUAUGUCGAGUUGAGGCACGUGUGGGUGAGGUACUGGAGCUGCCUCUGAGGAUUAAUGGCUUAAUGAAUGAGGAAACCAGUCAGAUAGUCACCUUGAGUGACUGUUCACAUUUUGAUUUAGUUGUCAACAUUGAAAACCAUGGAGUGUUCAGUUCAUUUCAAGGGAGACUAAAGCCAACUCCUGAGUACUGCAGUGGGGUCAGAGUUAAAGCUGAAGCCCAAGGAUACACAACACUUGUAGUUAGCUAUACACAUGAACAUAUUCAUCUCAGCGCCAGUAUCACCAUAGCUGCCCAUCUGCCACUAAAAACUGUUGAUCCUGUUUCUGUUGCCUUGGUAACUUUGGGCUCCUCCAAAGAUAUACUGUUUGAAGGCGGACCUAGGCCAUGGGUUCAAGAGCCAUCCAAGUUCUUCAGGGACAUCAGUGUUGAGGAUCCAGAGAACGUUGGUUUGUCCUUGCUAGGGCCACCGACAAGUCGGAAUCCUUUCCAGCACUGGGUUAGAGCAUCUUGCAAAGCCCUGGGGGAACAAGUAGUUUCAUUAACAGUUGGAAACAAGCCCAGUGUUACUAACCCCUUUCCAGCUGUGGAACCUGCUGUUAUGAAGUUGAUCUGUGCCAUUCCCUCUCGACUCACUUUGGCACCCCUGUAUGCAAGUCCUGAGCUAGAUAUCUCCUGUCCUUUUCUUCUCCAGAACAAGCAAGGGGUUCCUAUCUCAAAUUAUCGUAAUCCAGUAUUGGAGCUGGAGGUUUAUGAUCAACAGGGACGUAAAUUUGACAAUUUCAGUUCCCUAAAUAUUAUCUGGGAAUCAACAAAAUAUUCCUUAGCCAGCAUAGAGGCCAAUAUGCCAAUGGAGCUGUCUCUGAAAGAUCAUGGAAGCAAUCAAAAGAAAAUGCAAGGUUUGCAAACUGUUUUAGUUCAUCAUAAACCCGGAACAGUAACUAUAUCUGCUACUGCAGUUGGAUAUCAGCAUGGUCAUUUGACUGCCUGUGAAGUAAAUAAACCGUAUGAGCCUCUUAUAUCUGUGUCUGCAACUACCGAACUAAUACUUGUGGAAGAUGUAAAAGUGAGUCCUAAAGAAGUGACAAUCUAUAAUCACCAGGCUAUCCAGACUGAACUGCUCAUUAAGGAAGGCUCUGGAUAUUUUUUCAUUAAUGCCAGUGUUGUCAACAUUGUAAAAGUGGCUUAUGAAGAAGCUCAAGGCAUUGCAGUGGUAUAUCCAUUACAUCCAGGGUCAGUGUCUAUAAUGAUUCAUGACUUGUGUCUUGCUUCUACUACUCUUGCAAAAGCUGAGGUGUAUGUUUCUGAUAUACAAGAACUAUACGUUGGAGUUGUUGACAAGGUAGAAAUUGGCAAAAAAGUUAAAGCUUAUGUCAGAGUGCUGGAUGCUUCCAAGAAAUACUUUCAGGCGAAAUACUUCAGCUUCAUGGACUUAAAUCUAAAGGCAGCAUCUCAGAUUAUUUCCGUGAAGCCUCUCAGCGAAGUUUCUGAUGAAUACACUACUUUUCUAGUUCAUGGCUUGGCCAUAGGUCAAACCAGUCUUACAGCAGUUGUCACUGACAGAUAUGGAGAGAGAAUCAGUUCAGCUCCACAACAGAUUGAAGUCUUUCCACCUUUUAGAUUGAUACCAAGAAAAGUCACCUUGCUGAUAGGUGCAGUGAUUCAAAUUAUCUCUGAGGGAGGACCGCAGCCUCAGUCUAACAUAAUCUUCUCCGUUGGUGAUACCAAUAUUGCCUCUGUGAACAACGGUGGCCUGAUAACUGGAAUGGAAGUUGGCAACAGUACUCUUACAGGGAUGGUUCAAGCUGUUCACGCAGAGACUGGAAAAGUUGUGGUUGUAUCCCAGGAUAAAGUGGAAGUUGAGGUAAUUCAGCUUGAGGCUGUUAGAAUCCACGUACCCAUUACACGAAUGAAAACUGGCACUCAGAUGCCAGUGUAUGUCAUGGGCAUCACGAGCAGUCAGACUCCUUUUUCUUUUGGCAAUGCAGUGCCAGGGUUAACGUUUCACUGGUCUGUUACUAAGAGGGAUAUCCUGGAUGUCAAAUCAAGAUUCAGUGAGGCUUCUCUUCAACUUUCUGCCCAAAAUAACUUUGCUAUGGAUGUUUACGGUAGAGGGAAAGGAAGAACAGGUUUGAAGGUUGUUGUGAAAGCCCUUGACCCUUCAGCUGGACAAUUUUAUCACGUGGCAAAAGAAUUGUCAGAUGAAAUCCAAAUACAGGUAUUUGAAGAACUAGUUAUUAUGGGUGUUGAAGUAGGACAGAUCUUAAUGUCACCGAACUCUUUUUUUAAAGUUCAAACAAACAGAGACAGAGUUGCUUCUCUGAGUUACCAUGUUCUGGACGGUCAAGAUAGAGUCCCUGUGGUCCAGAUUGAUGACAGCGGCCUUCUAAAUUCUGGGUCCCUGAUAGGACUGUCAACAAUAGAAGUAAUUUCUCAAGAGCCAUUUGGAAUCAACCAGACCCUUAUUGUCGCCGUCAAGGUGGCUCCCAUUUCCUAUCUGAGAAUAUCCAUGAACCCAAUUUUCCACACACACAACCAUGAGGCAUUAAUGACAUUACCUUUGGGUAUGACCUUGACCUUGACCAUCCACUUCCAUGACAAUUUUGGAGAUAUUUUCCACUCACAAAAUUCUGUGCUUGGCUUUGCAACCAACAGAGAUGAUUUUGUGCAGGUUGGAAAAGGAGCCUCCAACAACACAUUAAUAAUCCGAACAAUGAAUGUAGGCCUAAGUUUGCUAAAGGUUUGGGAUGUAGAGCACAGCAGUAUUGCAGAUUAUGUGCCACUUCCUGUGCAACAUGCCAUCUACCCUGAGCUCAGAGAUGUUAUCGUUGGCGAUGUCAUUUGCUUAACUUCUUCACUGGUAAACCAAGAAGGUUUGUCAGGAUCAUGGAGUUCUUCUUUAAACAACAUUCUUCAGAUUGAUUCAAAGACAGGGGUAGCUGUAGCAAGGAAUUCUGGAACUGUUACAAUAUAUUAUGAGGUUUCUGGGCUACUUAAGACUUACCAGGAGGUGUCAAUUAAUGUACCUCAAAGGAUUGUGGCCAUGCAUGUAAGUGGAAUGAAAACAAAUAUUCAGGAUGCUCCGACUUCAAAGGUUAUAGUUAAAAUUGGGCACAGAAGCAAAAAUAUGAAAGGAGAAUGUUCACCUGCCCAAAUUGAAGUAAUUGAAGAAAUGAGGCCCCAGUCUAGUAUCAGCUGCCAACUUCAUUUCAACAACGAUGUAUUUGAUUUCCCAGCCUCUGAAAUUUUUACAACAGAACCUGGUUUUGAUGUAACUUCAGGACAUUACACUUGUUCCAUCACCAUGCAUAGACUUGCUGACAAGCAGCUAAAGCAGCUAAGCAUGAGCAAAACUGCUCUCAUCCUCACAGCCUCAGUCCAGGGCAGCCAUUUCUCCGCAGAGCAGAGCACUGCUGAAGUGCCAUUUAAUCCAGGAUUUUAUGCUAAUCAGACCGAAAUUAUCCUCAGUAAUCAGUACACAAGUUGUGAUGUGAGGAUCUUUGGAGCCACUGAAAUUCUUCAAAACCUUGAGGUGAAAUCUGGCUCACCUGUGGUGAUGGCCUUUGAGAAGGACAGAUCCUAUGGCUUGCCUAGCUAUGUAACAUUCACUGUGAGUUUAACAGACCCAAGACUCACAAGCAAAGGAUCUUUAUCUACCAUACUCACUAUAUCCAGUGCAGUAACUGACCAGUCGAUCACUAUCCCAGUGACAGUGAUUUCUGUUUCUGACAGAACCCUAUCGAUGAGACAUGGAGCAAGCUCAUUCCAACACUUCCUUGAUUCCUAUCAAGCCAUGUUUUUCACACUUUUUGCGCUGUUGGCAGGGAUGGCUGUUAUGGUUAUAGUACACUAUGCUAUUUUCUCACCAAAGGAACAGCAAACUCAUCCAGCUUUUAUCCCAAGAACAAGUCCUCAGCACAGACAACGGUUUCCUGUUUCCUCUGCAACCUCUUUCAGUCCUAUAUCUUCAAGCAGUGAAAAUGGCUCUCCCACGAGGCUAUGGAGUCCUGGUUAUGCUUCACAUUAAAGAAAGAAAGUGUUUUUUCUAUGCUGACUCUGUUUGGAUUUUAUGUGCUAGUGCCUUUAACUAGUAAUUAAUUUAAUACCAGAUGGAAGUUCAUCCAAGUUUAGUUUUGCUUACCUAAUGAAAAUAUUUUUCAUUUAAAGAAUGCAAUGCAAGUACUGCAUACGUUUUUAAUGCUCAAGUUUUGUGGACUCUAUUCAUCUAUUAUCUGUCAUUAUUCUCAGUUCUGGUGGGGAAGGGGGGAAUAUCACUGGGGGAUAUCCAGUAUCUCUGCUGAGCUUUUUUCCCCCUUGCCUCUUUUUGUAUGCUUCUUUGAAUUCCAGCAAUAGCUAAUUGUCAAUAUAGACGCAUUGCAUUUUUUGUUUUACUUCCUGUGGAAAUUAUAUUUUUACAGUUUCAUAAUGAGGCUUUAUGCUAUUAAAUAAUAGAAGCAUGAUAACAAAAAUGUAAGCACACAUGAAAGAGGAUAUUGUUUUAAAGGAAUGAAGUUUUAGUUUCGUUUCAGGUUUUAUUAAUUUAUUUUGUGACUCAGGAAUGAAGAAACUGCACUGAUAUAUUUUUUAUACUAUUUAGCCUUACAGAUCCCUUGAAUUUGCAGAUGAGAAAGUAGUUGUGCUGUAAUAACUAUGAAUAGUUGUGCCUUUUUUGUGUAUGAACUAAAGCCCUGACCUAAAACUAGUCAACAGCAACAUGCACUUCACCAGUUGCGGCUGCUGCCAUUUAUUUGUAAAUGAAACUUUUUACUAUAGCUAUCAUAUGACUAUGCAGACUUUUUAAAAAAAAAUAAUAAUGAAGAGUUUAUUUUAAUCAGGGGUUUUAUUUUUUAUAUGCUAAUAUAAAUGUGAAGG